CAACUUCGAACAUAAGAUAAACCACUACAAAACACUUUCACUACAAAGCAACUUGCAUCACAUGGCACUUGAAGCUCUAAACUCACCGGCAACAACCACGGCAACACCACCACCUUCCUUCCACUACAAAGACAUGAAUUUCCCCACCACCACCAUAAUUCAAGACUCUUGGAACAAAGGAAAACGUUCCAAACGCCCCAGAGCAACAGUCAGUGCAGAAAGCGACAUCACUCAUCCGUCAGAUGCCCAACACCCGACGGAGGAGGAGUACUUAGCUUUCUGUCUGAUGUUGCUCUCUCGUGGUGGCGCAAACACUGGCGGCGGCAGCAUAAAUACCGCCGCCACUCAGUCGCCACCACGACCCCCCCUCCCCCAAUCCAUUUCCCACAAGUGUAGUGUUUGCAACAAAGAAUUCUCAUCCUACCAAGCACUUGGUGGCCACAAAGCUAGCCACCGGAAAAACACCACCGACGACCACCCCUCCACCUCCACCAACACAACCACCACCACCACCCACACUUUCUCCACUUUGAAACCUAGUGGUAGGGCCCACGAGUGCUCCAUCUGCCACCGGUCCUUCCCCACCGGUCAAGCACUCGGUGGACACAAAAGACGGCACUACGACGGCGGCAACAACUCCGGCGUGACAACUUCCGGCAAAACAACUUCUUCCACCAAUAGUCAACCGCGGGAUUUUGACUUGAACUUGCCAGCUUUCCCUGAAUUCCAUCUGGGGUUGAACGUUGACUUGGUGAAGAAAAGUCAACGGUUUAUUGAAGACCAAGAGGUUGAGAGUCCUCAUCCGGCGAAGAAACAACGUUUGUUAGUCGCCGGCAAUGUUUAAUAUUAGUUACUCAUUCAUGGUGAUUUUUUUUUACAGUUAUUUAUUGUAGGUUGAUUGAUGUAAAAAUAUUGUUGUUUUCAAUUUUAUACAAUUGAUUUGUUCGUUAAUUACUUGAACUAA